AUGCAUUCUUCCAUCGUCCUCACUUUCCUCGCUGCUGUCGCAACUCUUGCCUCGGCAAGCCCUGCCCUCGACACCAAGCGCGACGACACAGUCUGCGCGCCGGGGACUGGCUUCUUCCAGUCCUGUGCCAAUGGCUUCCGCGGCUGCUGCAAGGCCGACGCCUGCACCAUCGGCUACUGCCCCGACAAGCGUCAGGAUCCCACCGUCUGCGCCCCCGGCACCGGCUUCUUCCAAUCUUGUUCCAACGGCUUCCGAGGCUGCUGCAAGUCCGAAGCCUGCACUCUGGGCUACUGUCCCGAUCUGACCACUGCCUCCUCAAAGCGCGCCGCCGACCCCACCGUCUGCGCCCCCGGCACCGGCUUCUUCCAAUCUUGCGCCAACGGCUUCCGCGGCUGCUGCAAACAGGACGCCUGCACCAUCGGCUACUGCCCGGACGUCAAGACCUUUGAGACGGUAACCAAGACGGCUCCUCAGACGACCGUCACCCCGACCCCCAAGACCAACUCCCACACCAACACGGACCCGACCGUCUGCCCUGCCGGCACCGGCUUCUUCCAGUCGUGCGCCAAUGGGUUCCGCGGGUGCUGCAAGUCUGAUGCUUGCACGAUCGGCUACUGUCCUUCCAACUAAGGGAUUGGUUAUUGACAAGUACUUGGGCAUAAAUGAACCAAAGAGUGUUGUUCGAAGGGGCAUGCUAGGAUGGGACUUGGUUUAGAUGGCAUUACACGGUGGAGUUUGAGCAUAGCAUUACGGCCUCUGUUCUUUUUUGAUUUUAGUACUGUAGCGCAUGUUGGUCGAUUUGGUCACUUAAAAGAUAAUACACUCAC